UAAUAAAUUUGUUUUAAAGUUAAGAGCAUUCCUGAUCCCUCUGUGCAGGGGUGGACUCCUGGCGACAUGCAGCCUAGCUGGGCAGAGGGUAGGAUUGCCAAGGGAUUACUGGCCACAACUUUUCUAAGUUCUUUUCUUGGUCAUAAUGAUUUAGGCCCCGAUCCCGGACCCCUACGCUCGCCCAGAGGAGCUUGAAUAUCAGAGCCUUUAGACGGAAGUGUAACACAGUAUAGCUGGAGCUGAUGGUUUGGGGGUUUCAAAUAAAUGUCCUAGGUAUAGGUGUAGUAAUUGAUAGGAUCACCACUCGGUUUGUUUUUGUAGAAGGUCAUAUUUAAUUAAAAAACAACAACAACAACAAGCUGUGCACCAUAUUUAAAUAUGUCAGCUGAUUUUCCAUGCAUCUUUCCCUAAACUUCACAUUGAAAGCACUACUGCUGUCCCAAAGACCUUGUGUGCAAAUACUAUCAGGUUUUGGACCAGGAACUAAAAUUCAAUUUGAAAGGUAAAUAGAUUCCUUUGUAAAGGUUUUUUGUUUUGUUUUGAGUGAGCAGUUCAACCUUAAAGGACCACGUUUGCUGUUUUGCUUGUCAGGUUAGUGCUGGAACAUACGGUUGCUUUUUUUGCAUUAGGAAUCUACUCUGUAUCUUUCAUACUGCAUCCUUGAGCCUGUAUACCACUCUUGUGGCCCUGAAGCCUAUGGUAAAAAAAAAGUAAUGUGGUGGGUUAGAUUGUAUCAAGCUUUAUGUGGACAGGAUUAUUUUACAAUGACAACCUUUAAAAUGGUAUAUUUUUUGAUGAGCCUGCUGGCUUUCGGAGGAUUUUAUGGGGAAGGACCUGGCUUUGUAGGAGACUGAUGAAUCCUGGCGCGUAUUUGCACUCUGUCAUCACCGAUGUUUUAGGGAUUUCACCAUUGCAUCUUAAGUUGGGCAGCUGAUCCUUUGCUGAGAUCGCUCCCACUGGGUGGAACUUGCUCCUCCCGGAGCCUCAUCCGUUCCUGUCUCACAGCCCAGGGUCAUGGUGCCAAGGGGGACAACGUAUAUGAAUUUCAGCUUGCGUUUCUAGAACCGGUCAUGCCCCGACUGGUGUACAAAGUGACUCAAAGACAGCUGAACAUCACCGUGCAGAAAAAAGAAAGCACCUGGUGGGAAAGACUCACCAAACAGGAGAGGCGCCCAUUGUUCCUAGCCCCUGAUUUUGAUCGCUGGCUAGAUGAGUCGGAUGCUGAAAUGGAACUCAAAGCAAAGGAAGAAGAAGAAAGGAUUAACAAAAUCCGAAUUGAAUCCAGAGUCCCUAAAGACCCUUUCAGACAGCUGAAGAGAGGAUAUUUGUUCAUGUAUAAUCUUGUGCAGUUUUUGGGGUUCUCCUGGAUUUUUGUGAAUAUGACAGUUCGCCUGUUUAUCUUAGGAAAAGAUUCCUUCUACGAUACAUUUCACACCAUUGCUGACAUGAUGUAUUUCUGUCAGACGCUCGCAUUUAUAGAGAUCCUGAACUCACUGGUAGGAAUCGUCAGGUCGCCACUUGUACCUUCUUUGCUCCAGGUACUCGGAAGAAAUUUUGUCUUGUUUAUUGUCCUUGGAAAUGUGGAGGAAAUGCAAAGCAAAGCGGUGGUGUUCUUUGUAUUUUACUGCUGGAGUAUUAUUGAGCUAUUCAGGUAUCCAUUCUACAUGCUUUCCUGCAUUGAUAUAGAAUGGAAAUUACUAACUUGGAUCCGAUAUACCAUCUGGAUUCCUCUCUAUCCUUUAGGCGCCUUGGCAGAAGCCGUCUCUCUGAUUCAGGCCAUUCCGAUCUUCAGUGAAACAGGGAAGUUUAGUUUCACACUGCCGUAUCCGAUGAGCACUACAAUCAAAUUUUCAUUCUUUCUUCAAAUCUACCUUGUACUGUUAUUUUUAGGUUUGUUUAUAAACUUGCGUCACCUCUACAAGCAAAGGAGGCAGCACCUUGGAUCAAAAAAGAGAAAGAUGAAGUAAAACAGGGACUACAAUGCUUUCCUAGACCUAACUUAUCUUAAUGACAGGAGCCUCUGAUUCUUACAAUUUUACCUAUUAUAAUAAUGGAAAGGAUUUUCUACAGCUAAAUGAUCAUGUUAGAUUUCAGUGACUCUUCAGAUAGCAUUCCCAUACACUGUAUUGAGUUCCUCUUCAAUCAUAUACGCAUGGCACUUAAUGUUGAACAAUGGCAAUAUUUAAACAUGUUUCCUAUCAGUUACCAUAUUAUAAAAAGAAAUCCUAUUCGCAAAAAACUGAGCAGCUCUAACUGGGAAUAGAAUAGUUAUUUUUAAUUGGAUAUUUGCUCUUUUUCAGAUAUUGAAUGCAGAUAAGGCUUGUGAUGCUGGGGUAUAAUAUGUCAGACCAUCCAUGCUAUGUGAAACUGACUAGGAGUGGCCUGAGGAGCUGAGAAAUGUAUUUAUUAAUGGUCAGUGCUAGGUCUUCUUUUUUUCAGCAGGCUUUUGCUCAUGCAUUUAAACCUGGGAGCAACUAGUAUCAGCAUUGGACACCACCAGCUUGUUCUUAACGCAUGUAUGAUAGGAAGGCUUCAUCUCGCUCCCCCAUGGAAUAGAAAUACGUAGUGGUGUCCAGCAGCCCGUCCGGCCACAUACAUCCUAGCCAGUCAUUAAUGGGAGCUACCUACUCCUUCAAAUUUUCCUCACCAGCUGACAUAGCUGCUACUUCACACUGCUUUGUGGUCACUAACUCUGCCCUUCCAGAUGGUGAGAAUUUAAAUACCCAAACUCAGACACUGGAAAACCAGGCAGUGUAGGGGUGAGGUUCCAUUCCCUGCUAUUCUUCACCCAGUAGCCCACAAAAAUUAGAAUUCCACCAGGAAAUGCAGAGGUAAAGCAGGCCUCCCUUGAGAUGAUCCCACAACCUUCCUUCUACUACCAUGGGGAGGCAGCCCCUUGUCCACUCCUCUUUAGGAAUGGUGUAAGUGUUUGGCUCAAACCCUGUUGAGAAGCAAGCAAGCACCUGUUUUCCGAUUCCCUCAAUGCAGAAGACUGCAGCUAAGGAGUCUGCAUGCCAGGCUGGCCAUCUGCUUUUGGGGUGCAGUAGUGGGGGCCUAAGAAGUUAGGGACCAUUUUGUAUUGUGUACGAGAUCUCAGCAAAUGGGAGGCAAGUGAUGUUUCAGGUUUAUGCUUUAGGUGAAUUGUAAAAGUAAUUUUAUUUGUUUAAAACAAAGGAAGCCUCAUUGCUUAAAAAUGAGCUGUUUUGAAUAAAGGGUGCCAUGAUUAAAGUGACUUCUACACCCCCACCCUGAUCUGUCAGGAUUUAGUCCUCUCUGACCCUUUGCAUUUUCUCUGAAAUUAACUAAAGUCUGAUUUAAAUAAACGUAAUUGUAAUCUUGACUAGAGCAGUUGUACUGUUAACCCAGCUGAGUCUAGUACUCUUUCUCCCAGCACCCACCGUAACCCUUGUGCAAGUUAAUUCCAGAGCGAUCAAUUUAUUUCCAUCUCACUGUUUGUAUAGCUUUGUUUUACGAAUGCAUAACACCAGAAAAAAAAAAGUUGCUAUAUUUUCAAUGUGAAAUACCCUUUUCUCCAAUGAUUGUUGUUGUGAGGUUUACACUAGAACAUUUAGGUGGGGUUUUUGCAGAGAAGUGGUCAACCGCCACUGAAGGCAUUCUGCAGAAAGACACCAUCCUAAGGAACUUUCACCACUAUCGAAGGGCAGGGCUAUUCUUAAAAUACUGCAUCAGCGCAGCUGCAGCACUUAAGUGAAGACAUACCUACUCCAACAGGUGAGUGUCUCCUGUUGGUGUAGUUAGUUAAGCCACCUUCCCAAGAGGUGGUAGCCGUGUUGACGGGAGAUGCGCUGUCUACACACGGGGUUAGGUCAGUAUAACUGCGUGUCGCUCCGGGGUGUGAUUUCACCCCGAGUGACAUGAUUAUACUAGUAUAGGUCUGUAGCAUAGACCUGGCCUAAAUGUGUUAAAAGGAGCUUUUCUGUGUGAAAGGCUAAAAAAAGGGCAUGGCCAGCUUCCUCAGGGUAGUUACACCAUAAUUUAUACACUGUGUCACUUCUACAUACGCAUGUAUUUGACAGUGAAUCAAGGGAUUGAAUAUCUUGGUGCCGACACUGAGAAUUUAACACAGCAUUCAUUCUUUUAAUUCCUUUAAAGGGCAUUAUUUAUGAAAUACAUGGUUGUGAGGGUAUGGGGCAGGCACCGCAACCCCGUAUUUGGUAUGAUUUGCCAGGGAUCUUCUAUUGCUGAGUUUGCUCAUCCUUCCAAAGGCAGCUGAAUGUGUAUUUCUAUUAAUAAAGAUUUACAAGCAAAGUC